UGUGUAGAGCAGUGCAGUUUGGCAGCUUAGUACAGUAUCUAGGUUAUUGUUGUGGGUAAUUUCCGUGGUGAGCCUAAGAACAAACCUUUUACUCAUUGUAUUACUAAAAGGAGGAGCUAAUUAUUCAGGAGAGGGAGUGUGUAAUAACUAUCUGGAACAAAUGCCCAGGAACUGCCCCUAGGACAGAGUCACUCCUCCUGACACUCCAGCUGAGCAGAUCCCAGGCACCGGCAGUCCCUGCUACAGCCAGGAAAACACAGUGCCUUGUGGUUACCUGCAUCAACAAGAAAAACCAAAGAAGACAUGGACACAGAGUAUGCAGUCAAUACAUCUAAAACAACAGACACUUUAUUGGAUAAAGCAAAGGAGGAGACAACGACUGAAAAUGUAAAAUGUAAACAGGAACAAAUAAUACCAGUUGGUCCAAUUCGCAUUUUCCGAUUUGCAGACUGGCUGGAUAUUCUCUUAAUGUUCUUUGGAGUGCUGGGAGCAAUGGGAUGUGGUUCCUGUUUCCCACUCAUGAACGUUGUGUUUGGAGAAAUGGCUAACAGCUUCCUGUGUCACAACUCAUCUCUUCAGAAUUCCUCACUGUGUGCAGAGUUUAAACCAAUAGAAGAACAGAUACAAGUAUUCUCACUGUAUUAUGCAGGACUGGGUUUUGGAGCUUUAGUCUGUGGCUAUCUCCAGGUGUCCUUCUGGGUUUUAACUGCUUCCAGACAGACGAGAAAAAUGAGAAAAGCUUUCUUUCACUCUGUGUUGUCUCAAGAGAUUGGUUGGUUUGAUAUCACAAAAUCUGGAGAGCUCAACAAUCGACUUACUGAAGACAUCAAUAAAAUAAAUAAUGGAAUAGGAGAUAAAGUUGGACAUUGUUUUCAAAAUAGCACAACCUGUUUAUGUGGCAUUUUAAUCGGAUUAAUCAAGGGGUGGAAGCUUGCACUUGUCGUCUUGGCUACUAGCCCAGUUCUAGCUUUGGCAUCAGCAAUGUUUGCAAGGAUUUUGGCUUCCCUAACAACUAAGGAACUCACAGCCUAUGCAAAAGCAGGUGCAGUGGCUCAAGAAGUACUUUCAUCAAUAAGGACUGUUGUGGCUUUUGGAGGACAGGAGAAAGAAAUAAAAAGAUACACAGAGAACAUGAAAGAGGCCAAAGACAUUGGUAUAAAAAAGGCAGUUGCAUCUCAGUUUUCACUCGGAUUAAUAUAUGGAGCAUUUUAUUCUACUUAUGGACUUGGUUUUUGGUAUGGCACAACCCUAAUAUUAGGGGAUGAUGCAUACAGAAUUGGAGAUGUGCUAACGGUGUUCUUCAACGUGACUAUAAGCAGUUAUUGCAUUGGUCAGGCAGCUUCACAUUUUGAAUCCUUUAAUAUUGCAAGGGGUGCUGCUUAUAACAUCUUUAAAGUGAUCAAACAGCCAUCUACCAUCAACAACUUCUCAAAUGAAGGCUUUAAACCUGAUAACAUAAAAGGAAAUAUUGACUUGAAAAACAUUCACUUUUCUUAUCCUUCAAGACCAGAUGUUAAGGUUUUAAAUGGGCUUAAUCUCAGCGUAAAAUGUGGGCAGACUGUGGCCUUGGUUGGACAAAGUGGAUGCGGAAAGAGCACAAUAGUCCAACUCCUGCAGAGACUGUACGAUCCACAAGACGGAACGCUGACUGUGGAUGGUCAUGACAUCAAAUCACUGAAUGUGAGACAUUACAGAGAGCUAAUAGGAGUGGUCAGCCAAGAACCUGUCCUGUUUGGAACAACUAUUAAACAGAACAUUAAAUAUGGAAGAGAAGAUGUUACGGAUGAAGAAAUUGAAAAAGCUGUUAAGGAAGCAAAUGCUUAUGACUUCAUUAUGGCCCUGCCAGACAAAUAUGAAACGCUGGUUGGGGAAAGAGGGGCGCAGCUGAGCGGUGGGCAGAAACAACGAAUAGCAGUUGCCAGGGCCUUGGUGAGAAAUCCAAAAAUUCUUCUUCUGGAUGAAGCCACCUCCGCUUUGGAUACAGGAAGUGAAGCCGUUGUUCAGGCUGCUUUAGAUAAGGCUAGUAAAGGUCGGACCACAGUUGUCGUAGCUCAUCGUCUCAGUACAAUAUGGACAGCCGAUGUUAUAGUUGUGAUGGAAAAUGGUGCUGUGGCUGAGCAAGGAACUCAUACUCAAUUGAUGGAGAAAAGGGGCAUAUACUACUCUCUUGCAACAGCACAGACUGUACAGCUUUCUGAUGAUAAUGAAACUAUUGAAACAAAACAAAAUGGAAUAUAUGAAAAGGCUUCCCUGAUACAGCGUUUUAAUUCCCAAACAUCCCUGAAAAACAAGAGUUUGGAGGAGGAAGAGGAAGAAGAAAAAUCUGACUCAAAAGAGAAAGAUCUUCCCAAGGUGUCAUUUUUCCAAAUUAUGAAGCUAAACAGAUCAGAGUGGCCUUAUAUCCUACUUGGAAUCAUGGCUGCAGGGGUUAAUGGAGCAAUAAAUCCAUUAUUUUCUAUAUUUUAUGCCAGAGUUAUCGCUGUUUUUGCAUCAAACGAUCCAGAAAAAAUCCGAAGUGAAACUAACAUUUACUCAAUUUUAUUUGUAGUCAUUGGUGUGGUCAUUUUAAUUGCAUACACUGUACGGGGAUAUAUGUUUGGGAGAUCGGGAGAAACCCUGACAAUGCGAUUAAGACACAUGGCCUUCAAAGCAAUGAUGCAACAGGAUAUUGCCUGGUUCGAUGACAAAGACAACAGUACAGGAGCGCUGACAACAAGACUUGCAACAGAUGCUUCAGAGAUUCAGACUGCUACAGGCUCCAGGCUCGGUUUAGUUGCAGAAAAUGUGGUUGGCAUCAUUCUGACUGUCGCCAUUGCUUUUGUAUAUGGGUGGGAAAUGUCCCUGCUGGCUAUUGCAAUGGCCCCUUUUAUAGUCAUCGCCGGAAUGCUGGAGUUUAAUGCUGUAGCUGGCUUUGCAACUCAGGAUAAGAAGCAACUGCAGAGGUCUGGAAAGAUUGCAACAGAAGCUGUGGAUAAUAUUCGCACUCUUGUAUCAUUAACCAGAGAAAGGACCUUUGAAGAGAUGUACGCCGAAAGCUUACAGAAGCCCUACAGAAAUGCUCAGCGUAAAGCACACAUAUAUGGACUGUGUUUUGCAACUGGCCAGUCUUUCAUGUAUUUCAUCCAUGCAGCUGUUUUCCGCUUUGGGGCAUAUUUGAUCAAAACUGAACGGAUGAAUGUAGAGGAAGUAUUUCUAGUAUUUAGUGUCAUAACAUUUGGAGCUAUGACUCUGGGAAACACUUUAUCCUUUGCACCUGACUACGCUAAGGCCACGUCUGCCGCCAGAUACCUUUUUGCCUUGUUUGAAAGAGAACCCACAAUAGACAGCUUCACCCAGCAGGGGCAGAAACCAGAUCACUUCUCUGGAUCUUUAGAAUUCCGUAAUGUUUUAUUCAAUUAUCCAACUCGUUCAGAUGUUGCAGUGCUCAGAGAUUUAUGCAUUAAAGUAAAAAAUGGGCAAACGGUGGCAUUUGUUGGUAGUAGCGGAUGUGGCAAGAGCACUUCUGUUCAGCUCCUACAGAGAUUCUAUGACCCGCAGGAAGGAGAAGUGCUGUUUGAUGAAGUGGAUGCCAAAUGCUUCAAUGUCCAGUGGCUCCGUUCUCAAAUGGGAAUCGUGUCCCAAGAGCCUGUCCUGUUUGACUGCAGCAUUGCUGAAAAUAUCGCCUAUGGUGACAACUCCCGCACUGUGUCUAUGGGUGAAAUACAAAGUGCAGCCAAAGCAGCAAAUGUCCACUCAUUCAUAGAAGGACUUCCUCAGAAAUAUAACACUCGGGUAGGAGGAAAGGGAACCCAACUCUCUGGAGGACAGAAGCAAAGGAUUGCUAUUGCCAGGGCACUCGUCAGGGCACCGAAAAUUCUACUUCUGGAUGAAGCCACUUCUGCACUAGACAAUGAGAGUGAAAAGAUUGUACAGCAAGCCCUUGAUCAGGCCCGGAAGGGAAGGACCUGCAUCCUGAUUGCACACAGACUGACCACCGUACAGAAUGCUGAUAUUAUUGUGGUUAUGAACAAAGGGAAGAUCAUGGAACAUGGAAGCCACCAAGAGCUGCUCGCCAAACGUGGGGCAUAUUAUGAUCUAGUCAAUGCCCAAACUAUAAUCUAAUACAAACAGAGAGAAAAGGAUUAGUAGGACAAGAAGGGGCACAUUUAUUAAAAAGCCAUGUAAAUUCACAAUGGAGAAAAACAAAUUAUGACUGCCAGUAACCAAGAUCUUUACCAUCAGUUGUGAAUGUGAUUAUUGGCAUUAUGUACAUACUUGUGCAAAAUAAUAAACAGCAAAAAUCACCAUCAUAUAAGUCAUGGUAAAAAAUCGCAGGAAAAAAAAACAUGCAUUUUCAAGCAAGUUGAUAAAAAAGGUGCAAAAUUGCACGCUAGAAUGCAGGUUUUAGGUGAUAUAAUUUUUUGUAAGAAAUAGUGCAAAAUUUUAGGAAAUAAAUGUCAACAAAGUCACUGCAGCAUUGGACAACGUUUGUUAAUAAAUGUGCCCAGAUCCAGUAUGUAUCAGUGAAGAAUGUGGGGCUUAUAUUGACAGCAGCCAAACAGGUAUUUAAUUACACCAAUUAAAGCCAGUUUCUACCCCAAAAACUUCAGCAGCAUACCACUGCACUUGUGGCUCCAACAGUCAGUAACUGGAAACAUUCUUUAUUUUGCAGGCAUCGGUAUACUCACAUCCCUUGUGGUCAGAAAAAGAACCCUGCCCUGGGUGUGUCCUUCCUUUUCAUACCAUUGGCACUCUCACUUGCCCUCUAGUGGCUGGGGUCUGAACUGCACUUAAACAUAAUUGCCUUAAAGGAUAAGUAAACCUUAAAAAAAAGUGAAUGUAAAUUUGACAAGGGGGCUAUUCUAAGCACUUUUGUAAUUUACAUUCAUUAUUUCUUCUUUUUAAAUUCCAAGAUAUUAAGGGAUACAUUUACUGUUAAUAUGAAUGAAUUUUGUUACAACAAAAUUACACAAAAAUUACACCUAAUUCCAUUAUUUUAAAUGUAACAAAACAUAUAUAAAAUAGGCAUUUUACUUUACACCAUUUUCGCACAUCAUUUCACAGAUUCAUCCAACAUCAGUUACCUGGUCCACCCCCUUACAUGCACUGAAAUAAUGUGAUUUCUCUCUUUUGUUAUAACUGUCAUGUAUCCGUUAUAGUUUCUAGAGUUAUAAACACAAACUAUACUGAUAUCAAUUAAAGUUCUUAUUAGUUGCUUUCAGUAACAUUUCUGUUUUAAACGAUCCCUAUUAUGUUUGGGGCAGUGUUGAUCUGGUGUUGUUGUGCAACAUGGAAGCUGAGGGAAGUUGUUAUUCCCUAAGAAUACUUGAGAAAGAAGAGCACUUUUGCACAUUUUUACAAUUUAUAGUUACCUCUUCAAAUAGUCUUUAUUUAUAAGAUGAUGCUCAGUAGUUUAUGUUUGAUUUGUAUUUUUAUAUGUUUUACCAAAUAGGUUUUGGUCCAUUUUAACAGAACGGCAUUACUAAUAGCUAAUUUUUAUACUGACUUCAUUUCCUUUAUUUCUCUGUAAUGUGUCUUUCAUAAUACACUGCUCCCUGUUUUAAACAUGCCUUAAAUUAUAAUACACACAGGUCACAGUUUCAUUUAUUUUAUAGUAUUCAAAUAACCUAAAAGGUAAAACCCCAUUUAUUUCAUUUUGCAACUUUUCUUCACAGGAAAGAAAAUCAGUUAUUUUGCAUUUCCCCUUUCAAUACCACAUUCUAUUAAAGGGCAACUCCGGCUUCCAAACCAAAAUUUGAUAAAGAGGCCCAUAUAACACAGAAACUCCUAAUAUAUCCAUCACAGUUACCUGUUUCUUCAAAAAGUAUGAAUAAAUGCCAUUGUCUAUGCUGAAAUCC